AACGCGUCGGCGGGUUUACCCACACUCGUAGACCGUGUUUGUGCUACGCGUUGCUACGGUUUCCUAACGGUGUAAACUGUUUACCUGUUUCCGCGAAUUGGCUGGCUAUGUUUUAAUUUUAAAUUAUUUAUUUUUCAAAUUUUUUAGAAUGUUAUACAUGGAAUUAUCAUAAGAGACAUUUUACAUACGGGACCCUCGGCGAUGUAGACGCUAGGCAAUGAGCGAUAGGGGCGCGAGGCGCGGCGCUGGCGCUCCGUUCUACGCGCCACCACGUCGCAAGACCUCCGCGGAGAUCAUUAGCGAAGCUCGAGCCGCUAUUUAUGGAGAAAUGAGCAGCGCAUCAAGUGGAGUUGGCGGCGGUGUGGUGCGUCCCCUACGCACACGGCGCCCUUUCACGCCACGCGAGCCCCAGAGAACACUGUUCUCAGACCGCGCGCGCAAGCGUGAUCAACGACCACCCAGUGCUUUUGAUCUUAAAUAUCUGAGCCUGUCGGAGAGCAACGAGGAGCUGACAGCGGCUAUACUGGGCGCUCAAGUCGCUAAACUCGAUGAGGAAACCUUGAACGGUAUCCUUGUCACUGAGCCACAGACUAAUUCUAAUGCAAGGAAAAAGCCCACAAUUCGAAAUCCCACACGCCUUGUACAGGAUCGAUCUUCGGAUGUUUGGGGUGGUUUUACCAAACUGCCCCAUCUGAGUGGUAAAAGCAAACCGCUACAUAGAAGGAACACUAUUGGCCAAACUGACGAACCCAAGACAGAUCAGGAGUUAGCACAAGCGAUAUCAGUUACAAGACCAUUAGGAAGCGCCGAUGGUGAUAAUCCUUUCGCCGGAUAUGAAGAUUAUAAUAGCAAAUCCCUAAGUCCUGAUACAGGAAGCAAACGAAGACAAUUCGCCGGCAGUAAAUCGCAAUCAUACGACUUCGGCACCAACCAUGCACUUGGAGAUAUUCCAGUCAAGCAACUCGCUGUGCAACUGCCGAAUACAUCGGUUGGAGAUUUCGAUAGCCUAACAGUCCUUGAACUAGCAGAAGCGCUAUCGGAACGCACACGUGAUGUUGACCACAUUCUGCAGCUGAUGGAAGCACUGCAGAACAACGUACAAAAGAAUAUUCCAGCUAACAGUCUACGUGAUAUGGUCCUGCGCUCGCUGUACACGCAUAUAGACAGCGACGAUGAAAGAGUCUUGGUAGCUAUUGCAAGAGCUAUGUUGACGAUGCGUGUCACUGGAACUCACCUGGCGGCUGCUUGCAAAUUAGUAUUUAAAAUUGCCAGAAAUGACAAAAAUGAUCACUUCUUCAGAAAUACAAACCUACUAGAGCUGGUGGUGGAGGGGUGCGCACGCGCGGACCCGGUGUCUGAGGGCGAGUGCUGCGUGUACGGCGCUGGCGCCCUACGCUUCCUGGCUCUCGAGCCGCGCCUCUGCACGCUCGCACACCGCGCAGGCGCCUUGCACCUCGCAGCGCUACAUCUCAAGAUACUCAACGCCGCUAAAGCAGAGAAUCCUAGAGCAGUAGCGGAGCAGUCCACUCACGCGUUGUACCAGCUCACUGGGGCUCUCCGUAACCUGGCAGGCGCUGGAGAGGAGGAGGUACGAACAUUCGUGUCGAGCGGUGCGCUCGGCGAGCUGCUUGCAGCGCUCCAACACCAUACUGAUCGUGACGUGCUCACCAAUGUUGCACGGUGUCUCAGCGUGCUGUCGGCAGAAGAGUCGUGCUGCGCGUGGCUGUGCGCGGCGGACGCGGGUGCGCGUGCGCUGCUCACGGCGCUGGCGGCCUGCGCGGCGCGGGCGCCGCUCGCCGUGCGCCUCGCCUACACGCUCGGCAACAUGGCCGCCGCCGACCACCAGGCCAGGCUCAAUAUUUACAACGAGGAGGGCGGAGUGGAUGUCUUGCUCACUAUACUAGAGUCCUAUACCAAACGUAACGAACACGAGACACGGGACGCCGUGACCGAUCCUGAUCUCCAUUUAGUGGGUACCGAUCUAGGAGGAUCCGAUGGUUCAAAUGAAGAUGUACUCAUCAAGACUGUAAGGGUGGUUGCAAACUUAUGUUUGACGGAGAAAGCAGGGCGAGGCCUGGCAGCGACCUACGCGGAGAGAACCAUUAAAGCGUUACUGGCUUGUCUUGAACUAGCCGAAAAAACAACUUCGGAUGUGCUGCCUGAUUUGGAUCAUGACAGAGAGGAACGGCCGAGUUGGUCAGAACGUCGUGAAGAGUUAGCGACCGCAGCAUUUGCUACGCUCAAUAAUAUCACUUUCUACCGGGAGCCACCAGAGCCAUUGGAUCCAUUGGAUGAAAUCCUUGAUAAGCUAUGUAAAGUGACAUGCAGGUGGUUGGACGGCAGCGGCCCGGCGGCGUGCGAGGCGGUGCGCGCGCUCGGCAACCUGUCGCGCAGCACCAGGGCCGCCAAGCUCAUCGUGCUCGAGGGGGCCCUGCAGGGACUCGGGCCAUUCUUGCAACACGAGGACGCAGAGGUGCGUUGCGCGGCGGCGGGCGUGUUGGUGAACGUGUGCGGCGCGGGCGGCGCAUGCGCGCCGGCGGCGGGCGUGGCGGCGCGCGCGCUGUGCGUGGCGGCGGCGGCGCGCGACGCUCCGGCUGCGGCGCUGCUAGCGCGCGCGCUGUGGAACGCACACGCGCAUGCGCCAUUGUCGCAUGCACAUGCGCAACAUGCAUCCGCCGCGCUCGCCGCAUUUAUCGACGACGAAUCAGUGUUCGCGGCGUGUGAAGCGUCACACAUUGGUGAACGACGCGCCAGCGAUCCAGCGCUUUCUAAACACCAUGUUAAGUUCGACGUCGAUAAUAACAACUAUGAGGACAAUUUCUACGAAAUGCCACAGAAGCCACCAUUCAUAAAAGCGUACAGCGUAGAGCCAGAGGUGAAUCUGGAUUCUGAUGAAGACGGCGGCAGGACCAUCUGUUCAGGAGAAGACCUCGGCUUCGAGGAGGGCGAUCUGGUCGAAGAGGAGGAAUGUGACUGCGGCCCGUGCAGGCGGCUCGCCGCUUGGGAGGAACUGGUGGGGGUGGCGAUACCCCUGCUGGAGAAACUGAGACCACCCAGAGCUGACGCGUCUGUAGGAACAGAUUAGCCAUGAA